AGAUGUAUGUACAUGUAUGUUAAUAUUUUGUUUAAAUUCAAAAUGAACCUGUCCAAUACAUCUAAAACAUUUAGUCUCAUUAUCGUUUCAGGAAUUGAUCAGUUACAUUAUGUUUCAGGUGUUGUGGGUGAGAGCUGUAUGAAUGUGACUUACACCCAUCAGAGUAUCUGUGCUUUGAAAGGGUCAACAGUGGACAUAUCAUGCUUUUACACACAUCCCAGUUGGCAAAACGUCACAGAAGUAUCCUGGUUCAACAAAUGGAAGUCUGGAGUAACUAAAGACCUGAUCCAGGACUCAGAGUAUGCAGAUCGUGUGGAAUACCAUCGACAAACAGAAAAGGACUCCACCCUGAGAAUCACAGACCUGAGAGAAAGUGAUUCAACUGAGUACAAGUUCAGAUUUACAACUGAUGAAGCCAGAUGGGGGUACAGCUUCCAUGGAACAACUCUGACUGUCACAGGUUUUCAGGUGGAGGUGACUCCUGAACAGUAUUCAGAGUAUAAGACACUGACCUGUAUCACCACCUGUACUCUGACUGACAACCCCAUCUAUAUCUGGUACAAGAACGGACAACAUCUAGAUGAGAGCACCUCCCCCCAGUACAGAGACCCAGUCUCCAGUAACUAUGUAGACAGUUACUCCUGUGCUGUAAAAGGCCAUGAGGAUCUCCUCUCUCCUGCAGUGUGUGUUCAGGGUCAGAGAUGCUACAGAGUGACUUACACCAAGAGGAGAAUCUGUGUCUUGAAGGGGUCAACAGUGGACAUUUCCUGUACUUAUGUUGGUUAUUAUUCCACCACAUCAACAUUCUGGUUUAGAAGUGAUAAGUCGACCCCUGAAGACCUAACCACAGACCCAGGAUAUGCAGGUCGUGUGGAGAACACUGGAACAUACGAAGGUCCCUUCACCCUGAGAAUCACAGAUCUGAGAGAGGAGGACUCAGCUGAGUAUCGCUUCACUUUUAAAACUCACAACUUUGAAUGGGGUCAUAGUUUCCCAGGAACAACUCUGUCUGUCACAGGUCUGAUGGUGAAGGUGACUCCUGCUGCAGAGGGACAGAAGACACUGACCUGUAGCACCACCUGUACUCUGACUGACAACCCCACCUACAUCUGGUACAGGAACGGGAAAUGUCUUGAUGAGCCCACUUCCCAACAAUACUCUAGUAAUACCCUAGUAGUGUUGGGUCAUUCUGUGGACAGUUACUCCUGUACUGUAGAACACCAUGAGGACCUUCACUCUCCUGCAGUGUAUGGCCCAAAGAAUACCUCAGUGUCAGUCAGUCCCUCUGGUGGAAUAGUGGAGGGCAGUUCAGUGACUCUGACCUGCAGCAGUGAUGCCAACCCACCUGUGAACAAAUACACCUGGUACAAGAAGAACGUAACCUCACCAAAAGCAUCAGGACAGAGUUACAGCAUCACUAACAUCAGCUCUGAGGACAGAGGAGAAUAUUACUGUGAGGCUGAGAAUACAAUAUCAUCUAAGAACUCUACAGCUCUGAAGAUCAUUGUAGCAGGGAAACAGAUCUCAGUUCUCACUGCAGCUGUAGGAAUCACAGUGGUUGUUCUGGUUCUCAUCCUCUGUCUCUCUGGACUCAUGUGGUUCAGGAAGAAGGUCUCCACAUCCACCUCCAACACAAGAGACACAGCAGAUGAUGGACAGGGAGACUCUAGUCCAGUGUAUGACAACAUCUCAGGCAUGGUCAUGACCUCUACUGCAGCACAGACAGCAGCCACAGAAGACCAGGAUGAUGUUCACUAUGCCGGCGUCCACUUCUCUAGCUCCAAAAACCAGGAAGUGCCUCUGUACUCCACCGUCCAAGUGCCUCAAACCCAGAAAGAGGAUGAGGAUGUCCAGUACGCUGCUCUGAAAUUCAACCUCCCAAUGCUGCCACCCGCAGCACAAUCAGCUGAGGAGGACUCCUCUGUUCUCUACAGUACAGUCAACAAACCCUGAACCAAGAAGACCUGAACACAACAACCC